CGCAGGCGGUGUGGUAUAAAAGGAGCUGGAGAGCUGCCGUCCACUGGAUUUGACCAAACGAGCAAAUCCGGCGUGACUGAAAUGUACCCGAACCAAGGGAACCAGUACCCAGGUUAUCCCGGGGGGUACCCUCCUCAGGGCCCAGGCGGGUACCCUCCUCAGUACCCUCCAGGACAACACCCUCCGAACCCCCACGGACCACACCCAGGCCAGCCCGGGUACCCCGCAGGAGGGCCCGGUUACCCCGCCGGAGGGCCCGGUUACCCCGCCGGAGGGCACGGUUACCCCGCCGGAGGGCACGGUUACCCCCCUGGAGGGCAUGGGUACCCUGGGGGUCCCGGAGGCUGCCCACCGCACGGGCACGGACACGGGCACGGACACGGGCAUAAGAAGAAGCACAAGCACAAGCACGGGCACAAACACGGGCAGUGCCACAAGAAAGGGAAGACCGGACACGGGUCUUCCAGCAGCUCUUGCAGCAGUGAUUCAGACUGAAGGCUCUGGACCUGAGAACUUCACACAUUUAGCUCAAGUUUAAUCCAACAGCGCUCUCUGAUGCAUCACGUGUUUUUACUAUUUGCUUAAUAAAUACCUGAAUGUUGAA